AUGAAUAGUGAAAAACAUCUCGGAACUAAUAAUUGGUGGAUAAAUAAAUCAAAAUUUAUAUCAAAAUAUGUUCUUUCAUAUUGUUUUUAUAUUCAUAUUUUAUUAUUAAUCCCAUUAGCUAUUAUUCAAUUGCGUUUUAGUACAGUUUAUGAUGAUCGUUGUACAAUUGAUGAUCGUAUUAUUCUUUAUUUAAUGGCUAUUGGAAUUACUCAAGUAAUUUAUUCAUUUAAUGGAAUUCUUCUUAUACUAUUCUCUUUUUUAUAUAAUAAAUAUUAUUUUAUUCCUUAUAUUCUUGUAAUAUGUUUUGCAAUACAACAAAUAUUAUUUUUAUCUGUAAUUAUUUGGUUUAUUAUUGGAAAUUAUUUAGUAUUUAGUAUUCAAAAUACAGUUCAAUAUACAAAUUCUUAUAUUCCUGGUACUUAUUGUGAUUAUACAUUAUAUCAUAUAGCAUAUUGGACAAUUAUUGUUUAUUAUAUAUUAAUUGUAUUAUUUUCAAUUAUUUUAUUAUUGACAAAUAUGCAAUGGUUUCUAAAACAAUAUAAAAAAUAAAAUUCUGAUUUACGUGUUGUUUGUUAUUAUACAAAUUGGUCAUUAUAUCGUGAAGCAAUGCCAACACUUUAUCCAGAUCAUAUUGAUCCAUUUUUAUGUACACAUAUACAUUAUGCUUUUGCAGAUAUUAAUCCAUUAACAUUAACAAUAACACAUACGGAAGAACAUGAUGUUCAUUGGACAGAUAGAAUAGGAAUGCCACUUUAUCUUCGUACAUAUGGUUUAAAACGACGAAAUCCUAGUUUAAAAAUCAUUUUAUCCGUUGGUGGAUGGACACAACGUAGUAAAGGUUUCAAUGCAGUUUUAAGAAGUGAUAAUACUCGUGCAAAAUUUAUCAAUCAAACAAUGGCUUUUCUUCAAGAAUGGCAAUUUGAUGGAUUAGAUCUUGAUUGGGAAUUUCCUGGCUCACGUGAUCGUGAAGCAUCAAUAGAUAGUAAACUUAAGUAUAAUAUAUUUGUUCGAGAACUACGACAAGCAUUUGAAGAUGAAGCAAUUCGAACAAAUAAAACAAAUCGAUUAUUAUUAACAGCAGCUGUAGCUGCGGAUCCAAAAAUAAUUGAUCAAGGUUAUAUUGUUCCAGAAUUUUGCAAUUCAUUAGAUUAUAUUAGUGUUAUGGCAUAUGAUUAUCAUGGAAAAUGGGAUCAAGUAACAGGUAUUAAUAGUCCAUUGUAUAGAAGUCAUAAUGAAUUAGAUGAUCAUGAAGAUUGGAAAAAUACAAAUUCAUCGAUUUAUUAUUGGAUAAAUCAAGGAUGUUCACCAGCAAAUAUAAAUUUAGGUUUAGCUUUAUAUGGACGAUCAUUUACAUUAGCCAAUAAUCAUAAUACAUCAAUUGGUGCAUCGAUUAUUGAAGGUGGUGGAGAAGCUGGUCCAUAUACGAAACAAGAAGGAGUUUUAGCUUAUUUUGAAAUUUGUCAAAAAUUAAGUGUACAUAAUUGGACAACUGAAUGGGAUUUAGAUUCUCACUCACAAUAUGCAUAUUCAGAUACGGGACAAUGGGUUGGAUACGAUUCACUUAAAAGUGUAACACUUAAAGUUAUUUGGGCCAAAUCAAUGGGCCUUGGUGGAGCGAUGUUAUGGACAUUAGAUUAUGAUGAUUACACAGGUUUAUUCUGUAAUCGUGGUGAAUUUCCAUUGACUCGUCGUGUACAUGAAACAAUGUUUGAUUCAAUAAUACCAACAUCUACAUUAUCUGUAACAAAUGAAUCUCUAACAACAACGACAAUAUCUACUCGUACAUCGAAAUCUUUACUAUUGCCAUCUUUAAAUCGAACAAAUAAAUCAACUGUCGGUUAUAUUAUACCAUCAUUACAUCGAACAAAAAUCAUUUUAGAUCCACGUAUGGUCAAUCAUGCCGGUGACCAUUUUAAAUCAAAACUCUUAUUAUUAUUAUUAUUAUUAUUAUUUCUAUCGGUGUUUCAUUUCUUAAAUUAA